CUUCUCUUUCGGGCAUUCGAUGCUUUUCUUUCUCUUUCAUUCUUCUUUCCCUCGCUUUCUCUCUGUCCGGUGGAAUACUCCACUACUAGGGGAUUUCCUUCAUUCUACAGAAAAUUCCUCACCCUUUCCUUUACCUUUCGUCUCUUCAACUUUCUCCAACUCCUUUCACCCAUGAAUCAAACAGGGUGCUUCACAGAUAACGUCUCUUCAGCAAUGCCAGGCAUUCUGUCUGAGCAACAAGAUUCCCUCAAAAAGCGCAAGAGAAACGCAUUGCAGGAGGAAUCUACAAACUUAGCAGAUCCAUACAACACGACCUUUAUCCCAGCAUAUCUCCAUACCUCGAAUCCCUCAUUCCGCCUAAACUGCCCAGACCUACCAAAAGAAACCCCAGAAAUUCCCCACCGUCACCGAUGCAUUCCUCGAAAGCGACGAGUCCUCCAACAACCAUGGCCUGGGCCCGGGUCCGAUAACCAACCGACUCCAGCUAAACUCUUAGCUCCGAAUCUGUACAUCCCCCCAGGUUCGAAUUUCUCCUCGCCGCCGGUCUCACCGAAAACUAUUGUCCCGUUGUCCUACCCGCCUCAUCAGCAGAAUCAAUGUACUUCUGCUGCUUCGCUGCGGCCGUGCCAUAUUUGUUAUCGACGGCCUACGACGAGGGAAUUGCUAGAUGCGUACGCGGACUGUGAUUUGUGUGGUGAGCGGGCUUGCUACAUUUGUCUGAGGCAGUGCGAUGCUAUCGAUUGUCGGGGUUCUGUUAAUCUUGGGGGGGAUUAUUUGAUUAAGGAUGACUCGGAGAGGAUACAGGAGGAUGUUAAUGGGCGGGAUUCGGAAAUUAGACAGGCGAGGAAGAUCUGUUCGUGCUGUGCUGUGGAGGGGAUGACGGAGACGGGGAUGGAGGUGGUGCGGUGUCUUGAGUGUGUUCGUGCUCAUUUGCCGCAGUGGCAGGCUAUGGGCCAGGCGGGAUGAUGUUCGCUUGCAUGGGAUACGUCAACAGAGAUAUCUGGAUUUCGAACUCGAGUCGCCGUGACUGGGCACCCGAGACUUCUGAGACGGAGUCUCGUGCCGGCGACUAUGGAUGUCCGUUCAGCACGAACGACUUGAAACGACAAGAUAUUACGACAUUUAUUGGGGCCCAUCUGCCCUUGAAUUUAUCGACCGAUAUUGGUUUCAUCUGGCAACACGGCCAGGGAGGUGGACAUGCGAAUCUACUGAACUUUUGG